GGCUUAGCUGCAGGCUGCAGAAGUUGAAAAAUCAACAGAAGAUGGCAGAAGUGAAGCUCUUUAGAACAUGGUCAAGUCCAUUUCCUUUAAGGAUAGUGUGGGCAUUAGAAGUGAAGGGCAUUGAAUAUGAGAUGAUAUAUGAAGAUCUAUCCAACAAGAGCUCCAUGCUUCUCCAAUAUAAUCCUGUCUACAAGAAGGUUCCGGUGCUGCUGCAUAAGGGAAAACCCAUCUCAGAGUCCCUUGUAAUUCUUGAAUACAUCGAGGAGACAUGGAAGUCCAAGACUCCCUCCUUGCUGCCUGAAGAUCCUUACCAACGAGCCAUGGCACGCUUUGGGGCAAAAUUUGGAGAAGACAAGAUUUUGCCAUUGAUAUGGGAAGCCUUUAUCAAGCAAGGGAAGGAACAAGAGGAAGCACUGGUUGCAGUCCAUGGAAACAUGAAAUAUUUAGAAGUAGAGCUAAGGGGAAAGAAAUUCCUGGGUGGAGACGCAGUAGGAUUUGCAGAUCUAGCAUUUGGUUGGCUUGCUAAUCUGGUUAGUGUAUUUGAGGAGGUAACAGGUGUGACAUUCAUAGAUUGUGAAAAGUUUCCAUUGUUAUUAACAUGGAUGCAGAAUUUCAUGGAUGCUCCAAAAAUCAGAGAUACCUGGCCUCCCCGUGAUAAACUGAUUACCAAAUUCAGGGCUCUUCGUGAAACCCUAAUUGCAAAGGAACCCAAGUAAAACUGUUUGCAAGGUCUCCUCCUCUUGAGUCUUGAGUCUUGACCUUCAAUUCCAAAAUGAUUGUAUGCAUUAUAAUCAAACAUGAGUUGCAUAAGAGAGAUUAUGUGCCUAUGUAUUUGUAAUUCCACUGUAGUGAUUAGUUACUUUACAAGGGUUUGCAUUUCUAAAUGUUACUCAUCAUCUUUACACCA